CUCAGAGCCUCCUUCAGAGAGAGGAUGAGGACAGCUGGGCCAGAAAUGGAACUCACCUCGCUGUCAUCCAUGCCUACUGUCACCUUCAACUAUGACUACUACUACGAUGACCAGUGCCAGUACCAGCACCUCCAACACUUGUCUACUUUCCUGCCUGUCCUUUAUAGUGCCGUGUUCCUGGUUGGCAUUGUUGGCAACUCAAUCCUGAUAGCAUCCUUGAUCUUCAAGCGGCGGGUCCGGAGGCUGAUUGACAUCUUUAUCAUCAACCUCGCUACAUCUGACUUCAUCUUCCUCAUCACACUGCCUUUGUGGGUGGACAUGGAGGUGUCGGGUGAGAGCUGGAGGGUAGGAUCUUUCCUCUGCAAAGCUAGUUCCUAUGUCAUCUCAGUCAACAUGUACUGCAGCAUCCUGCUUCUCACCUGCAUGAGUGCUGACCGGUACCUGGCUAUCAUGCACCCCUCUGUCGCACGACGGAUCAGGACAAGAUCCUAUUUCGGAGCACUCUGCAUCUCUGUCUGGGUAUUAUCCUGCUGCUUAGGGGUGCCAACCCUUUUGUCCAGAGAACUGAAGACGCAGUAUGGAAAGACUUACUGUACAGACAAAGACGUGACAGAAGUCAAACAGAUCAUGUCACUGACGCUUUUAAUCCUGGCCUUCUUCUUCCCACUGUUUAGUAUCUUAACCUUUUACUGCUCCAUCACCAAGAGACUCUGUGUGCACUAUCAGAAGGCUGGGAAACGUGAUAAGAAACUGAGAAAAUCCAUCAAGAUUGUCUUCAUUGUAGUGGCAGCUUUUGUUGUCUCCUGGGUCCCUUACAACCUUUUCAAGCUUAUGGCCAUCCUUUUGCGACUCCUAAACCAGCCCGACUGUUUUUCUGGCACGGUUGCCCACCUGGGCAUGAAGGUGAGCAGCCCUUUUGCUUUUGCCAAUAGCUGUGCCAACCCUUUCAUUUAUUUUUUCUUUGACAACUACAUCCACAGAGCCAUGCUCCAGUGCCUGCGCCCAUGGGUGAAAAUGAGCAGCAACAGCUCUGAUACCCUGGACAGCCACCUGAGCCAUUCCCUAUCCAAUUUUGUGGCAGGGGAGUACGCCGCCAGGAAGAGGAAGCGCUCUGUGUCCCUCUGA